AUGAAUAUUGCAUGCAUUUCGCGUCGUUUAUUCUGCACGCGAUGUGGUCUCCGGAAAUCAUCAUCAUCAUUUUCGACGACUACUAGAUUUUUGUGCACUAUAUUUUAUCCGAAAUCACUAAUUAACCUGCACAGAUUGAAUAAUGUUGGCAGUUUGAGGAGAAGCACUUAUCUCUUUCUGGUUAGGAAUCUUUCAAAAACUGCAAAGCGGGAACCAGCUAAGGUCCGAAAUGUUCGGUGGAAAGAUUUACGCGGUAUUUUCGCACUUGCAUAUCCCUGUAGGAGACGAAUAUACACUGGUUUGUUGUUUUUGGUCAUUGGGAACGCUAUUGGCCUCAUCUUGCCGCGUAUAAUUUUCAUGUUUAUUGACAUCGAUAGCAACUGUGAAAAAAAAGGAAACAUAAGAGAAAAUCAAACUGAUGACAAAAACAUUUAUUUUAUCUUGGCUGCCAAAUAUCUGAAAGUACAUUACAUGAUACUAUUCGGCCUUUUUUGUGUCGUUGCCGCCUCCUACGGUAUCAGACAUUAUUGUAUGCACACUGCAGGUCAACUUGUCAUCAAUAAUUUGAGACAAGCAGUGUUCAAGUCAGUUAUUCAUCAGGAUAUGAAUUUCUUUAGCAAGAAUAAAGUUGGCGAAAUUGUAAGUCGCCUUUCAACAGAUGCACUAAUUGUGGGUCAAUCGGUUUCAUCAAAUUUAACCGUUGGCGCUCGCGCUUUUAUGUCUUUCUUCGGUUCUGCUGCUAUUAUGGUGUAUACGUCACCGGAAUUGUCUGAGGUGGUCACAUGCCUUACAGCGGCUAUUAUAACCUCAGGGUAUUGUUUCGGUAAUUUGCAAAGGAAAUAUACGCUGCAAAUGCAAGAAGUAGUUGCUGCAUCCAAUGAGAUUGCUACAGAAAAAUUUUCAAAUAUCAUAACCGUGCGGACUUUGGUUUCCGAGUUGAAGGAAUGUGAAACUUACAAGAAAAGAAUUCAUCAACUUUGGGUUGUUUCUCGUCUUGAAGGCCGUGCAGCAGGUUGCAUGAUAGCUCUGCACGAAAUUGCGAUACUUGCUUCGCUUUAUACAAUUGUAUCUUACGGUGGACAGCUAAUGAAUAUCGGAACAUUGACAUAUGGUGAUCUUCUUGCAUUUAUUUGGUAUGCGAGUUUAUGCGCUCUUAGUCUUCCUGGCAUGGUCAAUUUUUAUACAGAACUUAUGAAAGGCCUUGGUGCUAGUGCGAGAUUAUUUGAGCUUCGUAAUCGAAUUCCUGAAGUACCAGUAAGAGGUGGUCUGUUGAAAAAGAGUAUCACUGAUGGUAUUACUUUCAAAAAUGUCAGUUUUGGUUACGCUAAUCGACCACUAUUAUUUACGGAUGUUUCUUUUCACAUACCAGCAGGCAAAAUUACUGCAGUAGUUGGACCUUCUGGUUCUGGAAAAAGCACAAUUGCUAAUCUUAUACUGAGGUUGUUUGAUUCUAAUUCUGGACAUAUUCUGAUCGAUAAUGUCGAUUUAAAAUCAAUAGAUCCAUCUUUCUGGCGACAACAAGUCGGCACUGUGGCACAGGAACCAAUUCUAUUUUCGACAACAAUAAGGAAUAAUAUUAUUUACGGUUCAAAACAUCCAGAGUUAAUAAUGGACGUCCAGGUGGAAGAAGCAUCAAAUCUAGCAAAUGCUUUAAAUUUUAUUAAAAACCUUCCUGAUGGAUUUGAUACCAUUGUUGGUGAACAUGGAAAUUCAAUGCUUAGCGGUGGUCAACGUCAGAGAAUCGCAAUAGCUAGAGCGCUCAUCAAUGACCCAAUGAUGCUUAUCUUGGACGAAGCAACAAGUGCUUUGGACACUACAAGUGAAGAUUUAGUCCGGAAAGCUAUCUUAAGGUUGAUUAAGAGCAGCAAGAAAACUGUUCUUAUUAUCGCUCAUCGCCUUUCAACGAUCAAGUUUGCUGAUCAGAUUGUGGUUAUUAAUAAUGGUAGAGUAGAGGAAGUUGGAACAUUUGAUGAAUUAAUGCUCAUCGAAGAUGGUGUUUUCAAAAAUUUAGUGGAGAAGCAAGCGAUUGUAUUCAGAUAA